AUGCCAAACCUGUCACCAGAUAUGAACUUGCCGCACCUAGCACCAACCGUGGUUAACAUACAGCAUCGAAUCAGGCCACCCAAGGGGCGAGCCUCGCUAUGCUUUACCGCAUAUUACGGACAACUACCAACAGAAUUAUACACUACUAUUAAAGAGUUGCCGGGGAAUCAAGGAAUACUGAUGGAAAGCAAACGAAACAAAACCCUUAUUGCAGCUCGUACAAGCGUCUCGGCACAGUUUACCGACAUAAUGCAGGCCACACAUAAAGGGAUUGCAGCGAUACUUUGUGUAUUUGAUAAUAUUCAAGACAAAAUUCUCAUUCAAGAGUACCUAGAACUGAACCUCCUUCAACUUGGGCGUCUGAGUGAAACCGAACUUGCCAGUUCGAUCUCGCAGGUUAUCGAUGCCUAUAGAUACCUUGCUCAAGAAUGUUCAACUUUACAAAUCGAAGAAACUCGUGUCUCUCUGAAUGGAACUGUCAAGUUAGUAAUGGAUCUUGGUUAUAGUUUCCCAUCAACGCAGUGGCCAAGUCAAAGGGCUGCAGACUAUUGGUAUCAAGAGUUUGCGGCUUUCAUCUGCCCUUUGAAGCCUGAAAAAUUAACUUUCAAAGGCCAUUUAUUCUACCAAGCAGCAACAAGUAAAAGGAUCCCACCCUCCAAUGUUAGUAUUAUCCUUCGCAUAUUGAUGAGAAUGCAAUUCUAA